AUGAAGGUACAUAUGCAUACAAAAUUCUGUUUUAUUUGUUUAUUUACUUUUAUUUUUCAUCACUGCAACCAUUGCCACGGUUAUGUACACGAUCACAGAAUUGCAUCAGAUGAAAACCACAUUCAUAGUCACAAUGACUAUCAGAUCUCACAAGAGCCUUAUCUUCAGAAUGGGGAUGCAGAACUGUUAACAAGCCAGUCCUUGUCACCAGAGGCUGAACAUGAGCAGAAAUACUAUAUAGAAAAACUGUUCCAUCGCUAUGGGGAGAAUGGAAGGCUUUCAUAUUCUGGACUAGAAAAACUUUUAAACAGCUUGGGCCUUGGUGAGGUAAAAGUAGUUGAGAUUGGUCAUGAAGAUGUUGGUCAUGACCCAGUUUCACAUUUGGAUGCUUUAGAUGUUCAAGAAGGAAAGCAUUUUCACACACACGAUCAUUAUUCCCACUCAAAUGUAGAAAAUGAAACCAAAAAUGCUGUAUCCUCCAACGAUUGUAAAGAGAAAAAGGCAUCAUUGCCAGUCGAACAUAAAUUAUCCCAUAGUCCUCACUUCCAUAAUCACACUCAUAAAGGUACAAACCAUUCUCAUAACCAUAUCCACCUCGAUCAUAGUGAUACAGAGAAUCAACUGGACCAUGGAGGACAAAUUAAUGAGCCAGUAAAUGGUACGGAUAUAACACGAGAACAGCCUGAGAAAAAACCUCACAGGCACAAGAAGAAGAGGAAGGGGACUAAAUCCAGUGAACCUACUACAGACUCUGCUUUUGUUUCUGAACAAGAUGAAUACAACCAUGUUUACAAAGUGGACCAGAAUUCAGAUGUAGGUCACCUUCGUGACAGUGAGAAUACUCAGAAUUUUGAAUCAGAAGAACAUAGACAGAUGCUGGAUGAUAGACAUAGAAACACUCGUAAAAGAGAAGCCCCAGACGACCAUAUUGGUAUGAAAAAACAUGUAUUCUCACUGAACCAUAAGCAGCACAGUGAAGAAAUGCAUGAUGAGUGUUUAAAUGCCACCCAGCUCCUUUAUUAUUAUGGGCUGAAAACAGACUCUCCAAUUUCACCAGAUCAGUUUGCUUACCUUUGCCCAGCACUGUUAUAUCAGAUUGAUAAUAGAUUUUGCAUCAAGCAUUUUACUGAUCUGCACGUAGAGACGGUAGAAAAAAAUAAUGAUGUCGCAUCUGUGUGGCUUUAUGGCUUCUUCUCCAUCACUGUGAUCAGCCUAUUAUCCUUGCUCGGAGUUAUUCUGAUUCCAAUUGUAAACCAAGGCUGCUUUAAGUUCCUUUUGAAUUUCCUUGUUGCAUUAGCAGUGGGAACAUUGAGUGGAGAUGCACUACUUCAUCUGCUACCCCAUUCACAAGGUGGGCAUGAUCAUGGUUCUGAAGAGUCUGGACACAGCCACAGUAAAGACUUAGACCAUGUGGAAAACCAGGAGUAUGACAGUGUUAUGAAAGGCCUAGUUGCGCUUGGUGGCAUUUAUCUUUUGUUUAUAGUCGAGCACUGUCUCCGAAUGUUUAAACACUAUAAUGAGCAAAGGGGAAUUAAAAGUAGGUUAAGACGAAAACCUAAAGGUGAUGAGUCUACAGUUGGAAGAAAGCUGUCCGAUCACAAAUUAAAUCGAAGGUCAGAUGCCGAAUGGCUACAACUCAAGCCGUUAGCAGGAACUGAGGAUCAAGCGGCUACUGAGGCUCAGAGACUAAAUGAAACAGAAAUGACGUAUGUUGAUAGUCUUCAGUCUCCUGUAAAGGUUUUUGUUGCAGUUGACGAAGAAAUGCAACACAAUAAUAAAGAUGGAUCUUAUGAUGAUGAUCAAAGUGUGGAUGAUGGACAAUAUGAAAGUAAUCACACAAAGGAAGCGGUAUCAAAGAAACACAAUCCUAGCAAACACUCCCAUCAUUCCCAUGGUCAUUGUCAUUCUGGAAAAGAUCUGAAAAACACUGGCAUUGCCAGUAUAGCUUGGAUGGUUAUAAUGGGUGAUGGCAUGCACAAUUUCAGUGAUGGUUUAGCUAUAGGUGCAGCUUUCAGUGCAGGUCUUACUGGGGGAAUUAGCACAUCCGUAGCUGUGUUCUGCCAUGAGCUGCCACACGAAUUGGGUGAUUUUGCAGUGUUACUGAAAGCUGGUAUGACUGUAAAGCAAGCAAUUGUAUACAAUGUUCUCUCUGCAAUGAUGGCUUACAUAGGCAUGCUUAUAGGCACAGCAGUUGGACAGUAUGCCAAUAAUAUCACGUUGUGGAUUUUUGCUAUUACAGCUGGCAUGUUUCUAUAUGUGGCACUAGUUGACAUGCUUCCAGAAAUGCUGCAUGGGGAUGGAGAAAAUGAAGAACAUGGACAUUGCCCAGUGGGACAGUUUAUCUUGCAGAACUUGGGACUUCUGCUUGGUUUUGCCAUAAUGCUGGUUAUUGCUUUAUAUGAAGACAAAAUAGUGCUUGACAUCCACUUUUGA